UGUCUUGAGACAAGUCUGGCCUGAACUGAGGUUCAUUCCAAGGGAAGGGAUGACUGACAUUGUCUGUUCAAGGGAAUUAAGUGUUGAUGAAGCACUGUGUAAAGCUGUAUCAUUAGAAAAAUCACUGAACGAAAUGCAAGAGCAGUCAGAUCUAGAUACUAGCCUUAUAGAAAGUUUUGAAAACUCAGAUGCUAAAGAUGUUUCAAUCUUACAUGAAGCAGCAACCAUUUUGAGAAAACGAAUUAAACAUACUAAAGGGCUUCAAAAUGAGUAUUAUUCUUCUGAUGAACUUAGUCUUGAAAAUCAAAGAGAUUUCUUAGACCCACUACUUGUUCGCUUUGUCACCUGGUUAUCAGCAAAGUCAAAACUUGACGAUGGUGUAGACUUGAAUGAGACAGUCGUGGAACAGACUAUUAUUUCAAUUUCAAGCGAUAUUACAACACUUGUCCAGCCAUCUGUUAUUACACCCAAACAUCUCGGAUUAACAGUGUACCUACACCAUACAUUUGGCAGUAAAAAAAUAAUCGAGGAUCUUAAUGUCCAUGGCUACACAUUGCCAUACACAGAAGUUCGUCACUUCUUGACAUCAGCAGCUCUACAUACUAUUUCCAGUCAGCAAAAGACUCCUUCAGGCUUCAGAUUAAAGACAAUGGCUAGAAACACGCUCACGGGUGUUAUUGUCGAUGUCUCUGGAUCCAUGAGAUACAACGCUGUGGGCAGUGUAGAAGAUGAUGGGGAAUAUAUACGAUCCGCAUUCCAGGUCAUGGAUGAUGUCAUAAAACAUGACAUUUCGAGCGACAAUCAUAUGUUCGCACUUGGCGUUGGUGGGACAAGUCAGAAUGGUGUUUUUGAUAUGUUACGCUCAGUCCAACGCACAAACGAAAUACAGGAAGACCAUUCACCAGCAACGAGUUACCAGAUCGAGCAGAUUUAUUUUAUUCUGGAGCGAAGUGGAGCAAGGUAUCUGAGGCGUUGGGCGGAUCCUAAAAGGGCUGAGCCUUUUCUUACACAUAAGAAGGCUGACCACAUUUUUUGUCAGUUGAAAGACAAUCGUAAUUUGGCAAAAAGAUUUGUUGAUGAAUGUUUACCUUCCACAUGUAGAGAUUGGGACAAUGAAGCCAUUGGAAAUGUACCUUUAGUUGGGGGGCUUUUCAACAGCAUCAUGAAAGGUAGCCAAACAGUUACUACAUUAGCAACCACAAAAGUUGGAAUAACGGCUACAGACAACGAUAUUCAAGAAGCUGUUCGAAAGGGAUUAAAUCUGGUAUCCUCGGAUAUGUUUAUAGAUGUUGAUAUCAAUUCCAUCUUCGAAGUUCAGGCAGCUGCGUCCAUUAUACGAGCAACAACAGGGGGAAAAGAACUUACUCCGGAGAGAAGAAAACAAUUGCUCGAUAAUGUCAAACCAUUCAUUUAUGGAGGUACUCCGAUGUUCAGCGCCUUAAAUUCAGCGUUAGCCUUAUUUAGGUACAAGGUCGCUUCAAAAAAGAUUUUGGUUGUUUUGUCAGAUGGUGAACCAACUGACAGUGGAAAUCUCUACACCGUUUCUAAAGACCUUCAUAAACUCAAAGUGGAUGUUGUAUGCUGUUUUAUUCACAGGGAAUCGGGCAUCAGCCCAAAGCGAUUAUUUUGUAAAACUGAAGUCAGCUGGGAAGAUGGAGCAAAAUUCCUAUUCGAGAUUAGUUCACAUGUCCCAAGUAACAUCAUGCCUCGUGCAAUUCUUUUAAAAAAUGGAUGGGACCUUGAAAUAGAGAAUAACGAGACCAAGCUGUUUAUACAUGUAAACCAUCCAGACCACAUCGAAAAUUUCUGCAGAGUAGCUAAAAGUACUAUCUGCUGCCAGGAGUACUUGUCAGAUGUUCUUGUUACCGUUGCAGUCGACAUCUAUAUCAGCCAGAGUAACUUCACUGCAAAGAAACAGGAUGGCGGUACUUGCUACGCAAACGCGUCUGCUGCUGCUAUUCAUAUGGCAAUGAAAAGAAUCCAUGCCAGAGAAGGUGGGUACCCGGAUUUCACCACGUUACGACAAGAAAUUAUAGAUAAGCAUAGGCCUGGGGAUAAAGGUGCAGAUACCUUCGAGGUGAUGAGGCUUAUAUGCAAAAAAUAUCGGCUCAGAUGUGGGGAAAAAAGUCCACAGGGUGCACUCGAAGCAGUUGUUGCCAAAAGAAUUGUUGUAGCUAGGUUCUACUUGACAGAAAGAGAAUGGGACACAUUUGACGAUUUCUUCAGCCACCAUCCAACCGGCAUUCUGACAAGAAAACAUAUUUGUGUAGGCACGCGGUCACCGUCCAAAGAUACUAGCGGUCAUGCUGUUGUCUUGACCAGCUAUAACAGCAGUUGCCUAAGCCUGAUGAACUCAUGGGGAGAUACAUGGGCAGAUAAGGGCUUCUUCAGAGUCGAAAGUGCCGACGUGCUAGGUCUUGAAUUCAUGGACGUGUAUUGGACUGAGGCAGAUCUGACCGCAAACGAAAAGGCUAGUUAUCGUGCUCACGGUCCUGAAGUUGCUACGAAACUCAUGUCCAUGCUGAAGGGUCUUCAGGUUCAAAAAUACACCUGUCCACGCUGUGAUCAGAGUUCUCUGGUGUGUGAAUACACGGGUACCCUUUCCAAUGCAAAGUGCCCUAGAUGUCAUCGUGAGUUCCGCUGCAGUGAAGCCGGGAACAUUCUUGCUAUGAACAUGUACCUGACAUCGCUAAGCAGAACAGAUUGAAAUUAAGACGGAUGAUUCUUUUGAAACAAGCACAAUGAUGCAUCCACUAUUUUAGUUUGUUCAGAUCUUAAACUGUGUUUUACUACUAUCGAGAUGUCGAGAUGUUUGUGUGAACUACCCAAACGAAAAUUACACUGCUUGUUUUAUAAACUGAGGAACCCAAGAAUGCGUAGAAUAGAUAAAACAAAGUGUGUGUGUGUGUGUGUGUGUGUGUGUGUGUGUGUGUGUGUGUGUGUGUGAAAAUCAUUUCUUACAAAAAUGUUGUACUACAUUAUCAUACGUUUGAUCGCUUAUUGUCUAUGCAUGCCCGUGUAUUCCGCGUUAUAUAUAUAUAUUAUAUAUCCUGGUGUGAUAUGUGUAUGUCCGUUUGAAGAACACGAUUUAUUUCAAAUACGACACCAAUUGUUGAUUUAUAGUAGUUAUCAUUAUUGAUUUGACUUGUAUUUACUUGUACUUUGAUUUGUGUUUUAGAAUAAUUUUUCUAAAUAAAAUAAGCCUCUUCAAGAUAGCUCAAUGCUACGCAUUCCAUAUGUGUAUUUUUAAGUACAUAAGCAUUAUUCUAAGUGUUUCAUAGCUAAGUACUUGAGAUAAGGACGGUACAAUCGCUGUUGCAUGUUUAUGCAUUGCAAUGUUUUUUGUUUUAUUUUUCUUGAAAGAAAUUAAUAUGAUUAUUUAGCAAUUUCACGAUGUAUGCAUUUUCAAAAAUAUGGUUACUUUGCCUAAUUAAUGUUGUUGUUUUGUACUUAAAUAAUCACUGUAAUAUCAUUAAAGUUUAAUUUUAAUUUGUGUUAUGAAAGAUGGCGUUUGCUUUUUCUUUAACUAGUAUAUAUGUUAUAUUUUGUAUUCAUUCGUACGCACAAGAGGAUUGCAUUAAAAGAUAUCUUCUUUUUCUGCAGUUACUUAUGAAUAGCAUAAAUAUUGUAAAUGUUUCUAUGGUACAAUUCAAUAGAUAAAUACUGCUGUAUAUUGAACGACUCGUACAUAACACGUCCGGUCGUGUCAACAUAUUAUUUAUAACAUUCCUUUCCUUUCGAUUUCUUUUUUGUGUUAAAAAGCUCAGUCAUACGCAAAUUAAAUUCUGAAAACAAAUUGUGCCAAAAAAAUCUCAUUGAUAUGUAAAUCAUCAGAAAACCACAAAUUUAUAAAACACAUUUUUCUGAACAACACAUUUCGUGAUCUUCCUUUUUCAUACACAAAUAAUUGGAUUAAUUGUAGCCAUUUUCACGUAUAACUUUGCAUGUCUUUACGACGAAUCAUACUGUUGUUGUUGUUGUUGUUAUUGUUGUUGUUGUUGUUCUUUUCAAAUUAUGUUUCAAAGUAAUCUAGUAAACAUUGAAGUGCCCAGUAUGUAAUAAAGUAUGUAGCUUUGGCAAUAUUAUAAACAGUUUGAUGGUAAAAAGGUGAAUAUAUGGAGGGGUACUACAGAAUUUCAAGAGCAAUACUUCUAAUCCUAAUUUUAUAACAAAAAAAUAUCACAUCUUAAAUCAGUUUUAAACGUUGUAGAUGUACAUUUGCAUAAUUAACAUAUACAUUUGUAGUGUAUUUCUGUGUAAUUUCGUUUUCAUGCUUUCUUCUGUAUCGAAAUGCUUAAUAUAAUAUAAACACUGGAUGCGUCUGUCUUAUUAAUGAUACAAUUAGAUGAUCGUUUUUUUUCGAAAUCUGGAAAUUGUGUUCUUUGUAUAAAAUAGUAUUCUAAAGUUUAGAUUUAAAAGCUAAAAAUAACUGAUGCAGUUUUCUAGGAAAAUGUUUAUUGAAAUUUGUAAGUAACUGUUAAUUGAAUUUUCAAGAAAGUAUCGAUCAGAAUACAUUUUGCCUGAGUUUAGUCAAUAAAUGGCCACUCCUG